UUUUGUUCCCACAAUGCUAUCAUUGAGACUUCCAUCUCCAUGGAGGCUGGCUCCAAAAAUUUGGCUUUCCCUGCGUUAUGUUUGUGGGAUACUAUGCCAGUGGGAAAGUUUCAGCAAUGCCAUGAAACUACCUUUAGUUAAAGCUUUAACCACCUUAAUUGGCUACCUCUCUCCAAUCUGUAUCCACAGGGCUGGGACAAUCCAGCUUAAUUUGUGCACAGCAGGAUUCCACAAAGAAUAGUUCAAUGAAUGAAUCUUGUAGCACUUUAUCUGAAGAUGUGAGGGGAGGACAUAUUAUCCCUCAACCUUCACCAAACAAACAGAAAAAAUGGGUGUCUCAGUUUGGGAUGAGUCCCAAAAACUUAAAGAUGUGGCUGCUUACAAGAGAGUUACUCAGGACCACUCCCUGCCAAACCUUGGAGUAUGCACCGCACUGGAUGACCUGAUACAGGAGAUGUGGGGAAAUAAGCAAAAAGAUGUAUUCCUAAAACCCAGCACAUUUAUGAGUUCAAAGAAGUCCCAUGAGGUUGAGUUGAUGUCUGAAGUCAUUGUAUCUUUUGCCAAGUAUUGCAGUAUUCAACAGGUAAUUGAUAUAGGAUCAGGAAAGGGAUAUUUGAGUUCUUACUUGUCCAUGCAGUAUGGCUUGAAUGUGUAUGGCAUUGAUUCUUCCAGUACCAACACCAGUGGGGCGAAUGAAAGGAACAGAAAAUUAAAAAGAUAUUGGAAGGUUUAUCAACGUCAAACAAAGCAUCAGAACCAAGACAACUCUGCACCAGAAAAUCUGAAAGAAGAGCCAACGAAUAAUAUGGAGCAUUUUGAGGAAGCCAAGGAACAAAUUAGCCAUAGUGGGGAGCAAGGAAAUAGUCCACAAAGUCAGUCAAGCCACGUACAGACUCCUGUUACUGAUACUUCCUUAGAUUCAGAGACCAGUGAGAAAAGUAACAGUGUUGUAUCUGCGCAGUUUGUGGGAUCAACAGACAAUGAAUUUGAUGGCACUGACAAUCUGUUACUGGAAUUUCUGUCAACCGAUGCUGUGGAAAUGAGUUCACUGUCAAGGAAAAAGAAAGAUCUCGAUGAUAUAGAGAAAGAGAGAAGGAAAACGGCAAGUUUGGAAGCUAAAGCGAAGCAAAUCAAAGAGGCAAAUCUCUACUCUCCAUUAACACUGCAUGUUACUUCUACAACCGAACUCCAAGACAUCAUUUCUGACAUAAAGGACUCAAUGCUGGUCGGUCUGCACACUUGUGGUGAUCUUGCCUCGGAUACCUUGCGCAUUUUUGUUACUAAACAGGAACUCAAAGUUGUUUGCAGUGUGGGCUGUUGCUACCAUCUUCUUUCAGAAGAGUUUGAAUUGUCAGGUGACCACAAAGAAUGCUGUCAUGGACUGUGGGGAUUUCCUAUGAGCCAGUACUUGAGAAGCAGUAUCUGGCGUUGUGGACGGAAUGCUAGAAUGUCUGCUUGUCUGCCAUUGGAAAGAGUGACAUUUGGUCAGGGGCUUCCUUCCGAAUCCUUAUUUUAUCGUGCAGUUCUGCAAGUUAUUAUCAAAGAACACUUUGGAAAUGGAAAGGCAUAUACCGCACUGCAAAGAACGAAAAACAAAAAUGUUGGCAAGAUCUAUUCUAAGUCUUCAUCCUUUGUGGAUUACAUCAGAAAAUCAGUAGAAAAGCUGGGAAUGGAUGACUCAAAGAUGUCAGACAGUUUAAUACAAGGUUAUUAUGACAGAUACAUGCCCCGAAUGAAAGAGUUGGAAGCAUUUAACCUGCUGAAGGUAGCCUUAUCCCCUUGUAUAGAGGGUUUGAUUCUUUUGGACCGGCUUUGCUACCUCAAAGAACAGGCAAAUGUAGCAUGGUCAGCUUUAGUACAGCUGUUCGAUCCCCUGAAGUCCCCAAGAUGUUAUGCGGUAAUUGGCGUGAAGAAGUAGCACUGCUCCAAGUCCACAUACCAUAUUUUUGAUAACAAGUUUUGAUUUCAAGUUUUUUACUUUAUCCAUUACUGUACAAUCUAAAUUUAUGAUUUUAGGAGGUGUGAAGUUUCCAGUUUUACAUUACAUUUUUAAGCCAUUGAAUACAAUUUUUGCACACAUAAGUUAUUGAAUAAAUGAAGAAUUUGAGAGGAAAAGUCAUUAUUGUAUAUUAUAUUUUCUGACAACACUAGUUCAAGUGAAAGAAUAGAAUCUUUUUAAAAAAGAGCACUCAACUUUUCACAAUAUGAAAAAUAAAGAUUUUAGUUUGAAACAGCCAGCUUAAAUGGGCCUCUUCACUCUGUUUUUGCAGAAAUACUUCGUUGUUCUUUCGUAAUUGAGAAUUAAUUCAGAUCUACUUACAUGCACAUUUUUGUUCCAUAACUUAAAUUAUGUUGAAUAAAUGUUGAUUGAGAGUCCAGUUUAACUUGGUUAGCUAAACAACUAGUGUGCAAUUCAAAAUAAUGCCAACAGCGCAGGGUUCAAAUCCCAUUCUAGCUGAGGUAGACUUUACCUCAUCAACUCUCUCCUUAUCCUAAG